UUGUCUUUUUCUCUCAUGCGCUCACGUACACUUGAAGAAUUUCGAGUAUAAUUUGCGAGAAUUGUUAGCCAAAGUAAGCCCCCGCGUACUCGCAUGCCCACCAGAGAGAACAGUGCCCUUCUGUGGCUUUAAACUUAGUACCGCUGUCUUUCUCGCAGCUCGCCGUUUCCAAUUACGUACUUGGAACGGGAGGGGCUGAGGGGGUGAGGGGAGGAAGCAGAGAGGGACGAGGACGGAGAGGAUCGCCCGGCGAACGAGAGAACGGAGGAUGCUGGGAUGCCGUGAGACCGUUCGUCGAAGCAACACCCGAGAUCGUAGCGGAGCGAGCAGUCAACGCCACAUCGCCAUCUGCCUGGGACUCUGCGAGGUUCCCUGAGCCAUUCUCAUAAUCAUCACCACAACCACCAUCCCCACAGACAUGAACUACCACCGUCGACGUACCUCACACCCCCACCGCCACCAGCGUCGAGUUACAUCACGGUGCAGCGCGGCUGCGCUCUGCAUUCGAGGCUCGACCAGCCGGUGACCAGCUCUACGCCCGGAAUGGACAACAAAAAGAUUGUCCAGUCGAGCACGCCGCCCGCCGUACCUGUACAGGUACGUAGCAAACACGAUGGCUCGGGGGUGGCGGCUUCCGUGUCGGGGGUGCGCAGACGGAGCGGCCCUCAAGGGGGUCUGCGUUCGCCCGCCGCGAAAAGGCCCCUCUCCGCACCCGUUGCACUGCAGGGGUGGCUGCAUAAACAGGGCUCGGAGGGUCUUAUGCUAUGGAAGAAGCGUUGGUUCGUCCUCUCCGAGUACUGCCUCUUUUAUUACAAGGGCCCGGAGGAGGAGAAACUGCUAGGUUCGAUAUUACUACCUUCGUACAGAGUUACCGUCUGCAAACCCGAGGACAAAGUCAACAAGAAGUUCGCCUUCAAGGCCGAACACGCGAACAUGAGGACUUACCACUUCGCGGCUGACAGUCGGGAGAGUAUGAACCAGUGGGUGAACGCUCUGACUCUGGCGACGCUUUUGCAAGAUCCCAGCCCUGCGGGCGAGGCCGCGGUAGUCAUAGAGAUAGCGCAGGAUGGCGAACGAAGCGCCCGGCCUAGCGUCUCAUCGAUCUCGUCGAUCCUGAAUCAGAGCGCCGACGACAGCGAUUCCGGCUUCCAUGGCUUCCAGUCGCGCGACGACCCCAGCCAUGCCUCCAAUAACAACUCCAGCCCGAAUAGCGCCAACACUGCCUCCUUCCCGAACCUCAGCAGUAACAGCAACGGCAAUUCCAACAACAAUCACGCUAGCGACUCGAGUCACCCGAUGAUGAACGGUUGGGUGCAGCAGUCGUCGCAGUACGGCCAGCCCGGUACCUCCCAGCCGCAGCCGCAGCAGCAGCAGCAACAGCACCAGCAAUACGGGCACUUGCUGCCGUCGCAGCAACUGCAACCGGGCCAUUCGCAUCAGCAUCAGGCGUUGCUUCAUCAUCACAUGCCGCAUCAGAAUGCACUCCCGACCCAGUCAUCGCAUCCGCACAAGAUCAUGGUCCAACAGUCACCGCAACAGCAACAACAGCAGCAACAACAGCAGCAACAGCCCCAGCAGCUGUCGCACCCCGGCUCGGGCAGCGUUCAGACGAUGCAGCCUAUGCCUCGGACAAAAUUCGGACAGCCGAUUUACGCGAACGCACCGCCGAAGCCUAGAAGACUGACGGAUGGCUCUAACGAGUACUCGACGCCGUCGCCGGAUAUGGAUUACCGGAAAAGCCCGGUGUCGCCGGACGUCACGGUGACGAGCAAGAGCCCGAUGUCCGAUUACGAGAGGAGCAACACGAUUUACGGCACGCGGAUGAGUCAACCGUCGCAGCAGAGUCUGCGAAUCGACAAAUCGGGCCUCAAUUACUACGGUCAGAUCGCUCAGCCGACGGAGAGGAGGACCCCGGACACGUACGGUCGCAGCGCGAAGCCGAGGACCAGCAGCAGGGGCAACGGCGACUACGAGGAGGUCUACGGCACGCCGCAACUUUACCAGAGACCCGCGGGACCAGUGGGCUACACCAAGGGCGCGUCGCCGGCGCCCAUUCCCAUUCCCGUGUACGCGCAACAACAGCUUCUGCAGCAGCUCCACUCGCCCCUCACGCCGCCGAACAGCGUUUGUGAUUUAGCUUCUUUAGUGGCGAUGGUAAGGCAAUCUAGAACUCAGCCGCCGCCGCGACCGCACAGCGCGGACUUUCUCGAGUACGAGGCAGCGAGGCGACCCCAGCAGCAACCCACGCAAUGCGAGAGACCCCCGGAUCAACAGAGAUGUCCGCAGAGGCCUAAAUCCAGCUUAGACAUAAUGAAUCCGUCAGACGCGACCAAUGACGGUUACUUCUAUUCCGAGGAAAGAUACGCGGCGCAGAUGCGGCAGUCCGCGGUGUAUUUGCACCAGACCCCUCAACAUUAUCAACAGCAGAGGAAUCAGUCCCUAUCGCGCGUCACGAUGCAGCCGAAGCUACCGGGUAUUCGCGACAAAACCGAUGAAAGUAGAAUAUCCACAUUGCCGGAUUCAACUUGUCCCGCUCUGAGACGCGCGCAGCGGGAUCACGUACAUCAGCAGCACACGUUGCCCGCACAGUCGCUGACGCAGAGACAUUCCGAGAUAAUGGGCGUCGAUCCGAAGCUCCGAAGAUCUUUGCGCGAGAAAAGCUGCGAGGCGAAUGGCCGCGAGACGCUGACACACGGCGAGGACAACACGAUCCCUCGUAGAAUACCGCGCGGCGAGUACGACGGGUGGGGAAGAGCGGGUCACGGCGCCCACGGGACCCACAUCGUUCAGACGUGUCACGCUGGUCACGCAGGUGCCAGCAGACGAUGGAGCGAGCAGCAGCAGUUCUGCAGAUCAGCGUCGGCGCGUCUGCCAAGGACACGUCACCCCGCCGCCUUUGAUCCCGACGACGACGACUACGCCGAGAGGUCCUCCGAGCAGGAUUCGCGAGAUGGUGAACGCAAGAUUCAGCAGCGCGAAGAGUCAAUGAAGCGGCUGCUAGAAUGGAAGCAGCGUAUGCUGCAAUCUCCGUUGACACGAAAGCCAUCCGGCUCGGCCAAUCGGGGCAGGACGCAAAAUGAUCUUUCGAGUUACUACAAGCAACAGGCGCUGCUGGAUUUGGCAGCGCACGAGGCCGCCGUGGCGGAGGGUCGUCACUCCCGGCGGCGGGAGGACGGGCAUCGUUCGCAUGUCAGAAGCAAGAGUUCGGACGGCCGUCGGACCGCCGUCAACGUGCCACGCUACAACAGCUAUUCCAGCGAUGACGAAGAGCUGGGAGAUGUCCGGAGGAAGCGCUCGCGCAGACCCUCGCAUGCAGGAAGGAGCCCCCGGCACGCCGGCGACGAUCGGUCAUCGGCGACGUCGGCCGUUCAGGAUGUCACGGUACCCGGGACCGGCCGCACGAGCGUUACUCAGAUUCCACAGUCGCAAACCCUUAAUGCUCGCAAAGCGAACCCGGGGGGCGCGCUCUCCUCUCUGGGUGGCAUACCGCCAGACGCGGGUUACGACGAGGUCAGCUUUCCGCCGAUGAUGAGAAACGAUUACGCAUACGCAUCGUCCUCGGCGGAUAGGCAAUCGUCAUCCAGAAGAUCGGAUCCCGAGGCCAGCUUCGAAGACCCCGCGAUCAGGCACAAGAACACCCCGAAGAAGCCGUUAGGUAUCUUGAAGACGUCGACUGCUUACGGUUUCGAUCAGCAGAAGUACGACGGGCAACAAGCUGGCAAGAUCGAGGGCAACAGGUCCGAUAAUUUGUGCGUUUAUCGGACCAACGAGUCCUGGCAUGUUCAGAAGAACGUACAGUGGGAUUCCAAAGACGAUAACGACGAAUGGGAUCCCGGCAUCGAUGAGAGCAAAGUUAUAAAGGAGUUCUCUUAUCAGUACAUUAACCCUAAGAAAGUGCCGGUGCCAUCGAAAGUGGAAGACGAAAGCGAGAGAUUCGAGACUAUGAACCUGGUGCAAUGCAGAAUCAGGUCUUUCGAGAUGAACAUGGAUGGCGCUAGUCCGGUGAAGGAGGUUCUGACUAUGCAGGAGCCACUGAAGGUAUCGCCACUGCAGGCAACCGAGGCUCACGUCUCGAAGCUCGACUGCGCGAACAAAACCUCGUCCGUUAUACGUAGCUUUGCUCUGGGCGAUCCGAAUAUUUCGGAGAACGCUUCCAAACACAAGACCGCGGAAGAGGGACACGCUAAGCAAGCUUCGACCGACAGUAACAAGUCCGUGAAAGACCUCCUGGCGGACUUCGAGCGGAAGUCACAAGUUAAUCGGCCGAGAUCCGAGAAGCGGCAAGAAUCGAAGCAUCGCGGAGAUUACGGUGAUAAUGAAACGUUACGUUAUGACAUUGCGAGUAAUUUGGACCGUCGGGAUAGAGACGAUGAGACGGAAAAACUCGUCGAUAAUAACGAAGCUAUCGCGCAACGUUUCGCUCUAGACACUCUCUAUGCAGGUGCUAUGCAAAUGCAAAAUUUCGAUGGAUCUCUGAAGCAGAGCAAAAUGAGCAAUUCAAAGGAGAGUCUGACAGACCAAUGCGUGCCAUCAACUGAUUUAAGUGUUAUCCCGAGUCCUAAUUGUGCCAGAACGAGUGUGACUGAAUCUUUAUUAACGCACAGCGAUCCGUUCUCCGCUGAUAACGAUCUCAUUAAUUCUGUUUUAAAGCAGGAUGACAUUAACACCGAAGAUCAUUAUCUUCCCAUGUCCCCCCGAAAAGCUAUACUGGAUCCUAACAGCGACGACAGACCGAACCCUAAGAUGAUGGAGAGUCUAUUCGCCAGUCUACAGCCCGAGGAAAGCUCGUACGUGGAGAUGGCGCAGAAUGGGAUGAAUCGCUCUCUUUUGGCACCGAACGAAGGCGGCGGAAAGCACGAUUCCGGCGAUUAUUCCACGCUGGACACGUCCCACUACGAACUUGUCUGCGUGUCGGAUAACAAGAUAGAGCCGGUGUAUAUGGAGGUGAAUCAAUUGUCCGAGAAGGAGGACGAGGACGGCGGUAAAGCAUCCUCGAUGAAAAAGAGCAACGUCAGCGAGAAUUCGCCGCAUUCCAGGGGCGAUUUGCCCGACAUCUUGACAGCGCUCAAAUCGGACAGUUCGGACGCCGAUGACGAGUCGUCCAAGGAUCUAGACUCCAUAGACGCACCACGGCAUCCGCGAUUUAGUCUCUCCGACACCUUCCGACCGGCUUCUUACUAUCUGGGAGCUAGCCGCAACUUGAUCGCGGAAUUACACGACUCGUCGGACAGUGAGCUCGUGUCGCCGCCGCCGAUACCGACCUCUCCACCGCCGCUGGACGAUUUGGACUCGCUGGACAUGCAGGAAUCCUUGGAAAUAAAGAAAGUCUCGCCGCAGGUGGCUACGACCAAGGAUAAUGCGUUGAGCCGCGACUCUCCAAAGUCUUGGAACAAACCUGCAGGUCAAGUGGAGACUCACAGGCCGCCGUCAAGAUUUUCCGACGCAACCAUCAGCUCCACCUUUAGAGAUAGCAGGAUAUCGUUGGAGAGCGCGUCCGGGAGCGACUCGAUCGAGCUCAGAAAUCCAGAGGAGGAAGCUCGGCACAGACAAUUGAAGAGGAGGCCGGUCAGUGACGACGUUUGCGAGGUUCUAGACAGUCUGGACGAAUUGGAAUCGUUGGGAAGUCGGUUCGACGGCGCGAGCAUCGACCUUGAUCAAUAUUUGGAGGAAUUACGGGCCAGAGAUGCGUUCAACGUGGAUCUUUACGCGAAGGAUCUGAGCUACAACAGCAUCUACGGAUUCAACGAGAACAUGCUGGUGGUUGAUAAGCUGCAGAAGACCACGUGUCAAGAUCUCUCGAGGAAGAUAAAAUUAAUGACCAGCAAUCUCGACCAGCCGUUCGAUUAUUCCGGCAAGAACAAAACUGGCUCGGCGAGCAGCUUGCCAUCCAUGAGAGUGUCCGAUCUACCGCCGACCCAUCAACACUCGCAGUCCUUUACCGGCGACGCGCAUUACGAGAACGUCGCGAGUUUCUCGCCGCUUCGCGGUUCGCCGGCGGUCCGACCCGACAGCGAGCCGCCGCGCGACAGCAUUCACAGGAUGCAGUCCACGUCCCAGAGUAUUAGCGCGCUGCCAAUCUCUCACAGCAGGGACUCUAGUUACUCGAACGCGUCGGCCGCGGCGUCCAUCUCGACGUCCAUGGCUUGCCAGAGGCCGGCGAGUGCGCAAUCCUCGAUGCACUCCCCCAUCAGCGCGUCUAUGUCCUCGGUGAAUCACGGCGGCACGCUGACGAGUAUGCUGCAUAGCGUCAACGCGUAUUCCGAGCAGAGGUUCCCGAAUCACUCGAGAUCCGCCAGCCACGAUGCGUGCGUGCGACACGUGCUGCCGAAUCAUCGAUCGACCUCCAGCCAAGAUUCGAGUCAUUAUCCCGGUCCGCUGCCGAUGCAAACCGCCAACCCCGUUCUGCAGCAAUCGUAUUUGCCGAACGCCGGUGAGCAGCGUGCCCAGAGCGAUCAAUCGGGAGCGCCCUAUUACUAUUCUGACCUCCAGGCGAGUGUCAACAGCGUGGAUAUGGAGCUGACCAAACCAAUGAUCGGUCAUACCUCGCGAUUGCCUCAGCUAAAUAAUCAAAGGGACGAUGCGGCGAUCGGCUUGAACAAGCGGAAUGAUAUCGGUCGUAUAGUGAACCCGAUCGCGCGACAAAUGCCGCGGCAGAUUCAAGUGGACGAUAUAGAUGAGGCUAGACGUAUCGCCGCGGAACUGAGGCGGACGACAUGCCAAUUGCUGGGCGACAACAAGGCCGCUCUCGUGGACAAGAGAAACUUCUACGAGGCCGACACGUUACGCCGGGUGAAGUCGACUGAUCCGCUGCCAGAUGUAUAUCUGCCCGAAGCUAGAAACUUGUAUCCCCACGGUCUUAGAGAUAAGUCCGUUAAUCCAGGCAACGUCGAUAACACGGAACCGACACACGUCACACAAGCGUCUCAUCGUCGGUCAAGAUCUCUGGAGGGAUUACUCGACGACGUCGGCUUGCAAAAUUUAGUGGAGCAGCGAAACCGAGCUAAUCGAGCGGCGGCAGCGGCAGCGGCGGCGACAGCGGCGACUCCAACGGCUUCGACCAGUCAGGUUGAGACGACGUCGCAAAACUUGCCGCCAUCCGGCGGUCAUAACACGAUGACCGACGGUAAUUUUAAUUCCGAGGAUCCCUGGGAGCAGGACAGUCUUUGGUGCGAGAGCCUGAGGAGGGUGAGUUUGCGAAACGCCAGAUCCUUGGAUAAUCUAGACAGUCCGCCGAGACCUGGAAGAUCCGGUGAUGCGAAAUCACGCGGUAGGAUCACCCGGGGAGCGACCUACGUGAACGACAGUGUCGCUUUGCGUAGGGACAACUGCGCGGAGGAAUCGUCGUGCGGCGAGCGGCCGCGAGUCAAACGUAGGACAAACAAGGAUCAUCACACGCGAGAACGGUCGAUCGAGGACGACGAGGACGUCGCUUACGAGACCCUGUCGAUGGAAGUGAUCGGCGCGGGCGGUUACGUAUGGGAUCCGCAAACCAAGACCUACCACAAGCCUACCGUCUCGGACAGAAAUCAUUUUUUAGAGGACGGCAACCUUCCCCCGGCUCGCUCGAUCCCGGACGUCCGAAUGUCCGCGACGUCGUUCGAGCUCGACCGAGAGAAGCUCCGCCAAUGGGACUUGUUGUCGAGCGCCUGCUUACUCCAGGAGCAGCAGCGCACCUCGAUGGCGGACUCGGGGCGAGGGUUGCCGGUCGUGGAACAACCUGGAGACGAGCACGAUUCACGGCUCGCCGUCGUCGCGGCGGCGGCGGCGGCGGCGACGACAACGACGAACGCGAUGACGACGACGGUGACGACGAUAACGACACCGACGACGACGACGAUAACGAUGGGCACGAUCGACAGCGAGCAAGUAGACGUUAUCGUAAAACCAGUCGAUAUCGCGGAUGUACGCGACGUCUUGCCGACGAAGAUGCCGAUCAAGAGGCAGGAACCGAGGCAGGAGCCGUGUAAACGGGCUGCAGGUGAGUGGCUCCUCAACAACGCUGGGGUGUACAGACAGUGACUAUACGUGGCCGUGUUCCAAAUCGCAGACUACCGCCACACGACCGGCCGGCCCACGUGACCACGGAUUCUAGUGCGAUAGGUGUUUAAUCCUAAAUAGUAGAAGCUAUUAUGUAAGCGGUGCUUCCACAAAUAUUCCUUCAGCGCUCUCGACUUUGCGAUAGGUUUAAUGAAAGUUUGAAGAAAAUUCAUCGCUUGUCCCGACACCUUCAUUUUCACGCUCGAAUACCUAUCUCGAUAAAUAGCCUGCGUCAAAUCGAACCAGACGAGUGCUCCACUUGUCUUCACUUUGCCAUCUAUUAUCGUUAAUGAUUGAGAAGGCGUCCGAUAACUUUGGGAUAUUUUCUAUCUUGCGAAAAUUAAUUUAUCCUUGCCGUUUAAGCAGCAAAAAGUACGCGCUUCAGAGCUCUCCUUAGAUUUUUUUUAGAUUGAAAACUAUAAUAAGCGCAGAAGUAUUGAUUUUGCUAACUGGUAAGCAUCAGUUGAAGCUCGCUCUUUAGGAUUAAACUCGACGUUUUCGCUACCAAAUGUACCUGCGCUUGCGGUGGCUCGCUCAGCGAUGCAGCCACUUCUUUGUCCUUGUUAAUUAUCGACCAGGCCGUGAUCCAGUCCACAUUUAUUCAUCGCGAGUCUCUCUUUUUUUUGCCAGACCAGUUUGUUGAAUCCUAGGAUCAGUUUGAAUAAUGCAGACGUAACUUUGAACGACGCGGAUGAAAGUUGUACGAUCGAUGCGACUUGGAACACGGCCUGGUGCGCGACUGUAAGUGUGAGUGCGUUUGCGAAACGAUUAAAAACGCGGCUUAGUCCAUCGUAGUCAUUUACCGUGAUUAUUCGCGGUGACUACAGGCAACAAUCGGAUUUUCACGAUAAAUAACGAACGAUUAAUUUAUAUAACAGCAACAAAAAUGAAGAAAUAGCAGUAAAACAUUGGCUAUUGGAAAGUUACAACGAAGCUGCGCUCGUGUAUUCGCGUGUGUGUGUAUGAGUGCAUGUGAUAAUAUUCUUAGGAUAUACGUAUACCAUUUAAGAUUUACUACAUUACCGCCGAAAAACUGGUGUAAUCCAAGACGAUUAUGUCCUCUAUUUAAUUCUCUCUUUUGUUCAUUUGACUUCAAUCAGUGCCAGUUAAUUGACUCAAACCGUAAGUAAGUAAUGACAUUAUUAUCGUUACGAUAAGAGCAACGUUUUCCGUCAGGGGCGUUAAACAAAUGUUUUCAAUUCCCUCUUCCGAUUAAUUCCAAUCGAUUAAUUCAAAUCGAUUUCAAAUUCACGCCAUUUACGCAGGAUCUCUCGUUCUCACGCGCCACGUAUUUUUUUUUUACUAUUUUAUAAUCCACGUGAGAUCGACGCUGAAUUGCGAAUUGUUUCGUGAGCCAUGUUUUUACGGUGAUAUCGACAGAACUAUCGGUAUACAGUUACGCGAUACCAUUUAAUUCAGCCGCCUAGGCAAUUUGCCAAAAUGUAUCGUCGCCGGUGUUUCAUCGUCGCGAAGCAUCACAGAAUUCGAAGUAGCUCUCUCACGAUCAAAAUGUCUCUCUCGAUCAAGUCAAAGAUUAAUGGAAUUAGCUUUAGGGAACACAAUGUAUGCCGUCGGCAACAACAUUAUUAAUUAUCUCAAAGGUUUAUUCAAUCGACUAAGAGAUUCGCUCGAGUUACUUUAAUUUAAGAUAUGUAUAUAGCUCGUUAUACAUAAAUUGUACAAAAAAGGGUAAACUGAAAAUAAAAACAAGAAACGAGAAACGAAUCUCGAAGUGGAACACCUCCGAGGUAAGUUGUCACACUUUCAGCGCGUGAGAGCCCAAAUUCGUUUCUUAUGAGGCUGGAUGUUACCGAGGGAAGGACCAAAUUGAUGGUGGUUAAGACACCUCUGACAAAUAGGUGACAUUAGUAUCACAGAUAAGAUAGAGUCUAGAAUAGAUAUACAUUUUUCUCCGUCGCGACUAAAAAUGUUCCUCGAUACGCAAUUUUAUUUCUAAAUGUGCAAUUAUUAUAUGCGAAUAAAACAUGUAAUAACACA